AUGGGACUUAAAUUUUGGGAGGGAGACGAAAAAUUAGGAAGAGACUUUAGCCCUUGGGCCUUGACGGUAAACGGCGGCACCUCCGAGCUCAGCGCCCUCGGCCGGCGAGUCGACGACCGGCGUCAAUCCUUGACCGGACCGAACUACGUGCAGACGCGGACGAUUUGGGGCGGAGGCGGAGGCGCGGAUCGAAAGAUUUGGAUUGGGGCGAUUUCGCGUGGAGGAGCAGAUGAUUUGGGGACGACGGCGGAGCAGCGAAUUUGGGACAAAGGAAAGGAAGGAGGCGGGUUUCUAGAAAUCUGCAGGGCGGUUUUAGGUGGGGUUUACUGUUUAGAGGGAGAGUGUGACCGGGAUUUUAUCAAAGAAGGGCUUUUGAAUUUUCGAUAUAGUCGGUGUAUUUUUUCAGUGGGAGGGAGCAUUCUAGAGGUUGGUGACGAGCUUUUAAGUCAACUCGACGACCUUCUUGCAGAUCCUCCAUCCUCACGGUACUGGAAGACUCUUGUCUAG